GUUUAUGAUAGCCUUAAUUAUUAUGAUUACAUCAGCAUUUUCUUAUACUUAAUAUGCUCAAAGAAUUCCAAAAAAUAAAUUAUCAGGGAAAUAAUAAUACUUAACUAGAGUUCUUAGGGAUAAUAUUAACAAUCCUCAAUAUACAUAGGUAAAUAUCAUAUCAAAUUAUAAGGGAUUUGCUUUUUUGAAUGAAGAUACAAUAUUAGAAUCAACGGGACUUUACAAAUAGAGUGGAAUUCAUUAUAUAAAUUUAAAAAAUGUUAAUACUCUUUAAAACUAAUAUAAUUUAGAUGGUCAAUUCUUUGGUGAGGGAUGCGAUAUUAUCAAUAACAAAGUUUAUUAAUUGACUUGGUUAGAAAAAAAAAUGUACUUAUAUGAAUAAUUGUAGUUUUGUAUAUGAAAAAGAAGAUCUAUAAUAUAUAGGAUAGAUUGAUCUACCUUAAAAGAUUAAGGAGGGUUGGGGAUUAACUCAUCGUUUAUUUAAUGAAGAAACUUAGAUAUUAAUUUCAGAUGGAACAGGCUACAUACAUAUAUUGAAUGAAAAUUUUUAAGUUUUGAAAUCAGUUUUAAUAUUUUAAGGAUUAACUCCUGUAAACUAUCUUAAUGAAUUAGAAUAUGCUAAUGGAAUUUUAUAUGCAAAUGAAUAUCUAAAAAGUUAUAUUUUAGCUAUAGAUCUUGAUGAAGGCAAGGUUUUGGCAAAAUAUGAUUUUUCAGAACUUGUUUAUGAAGCUAAAAGACCAGAUGGAUGUUUGAAUGGAAUUGCUUUCAACUAAUAAACUUAGACCUUUUGGAUUACAGGUAAGAACUGGCCAUUCAUUUAAGAAGUUAAGUUAUUUUGAUAAGCA